CUAGCGAUGAAGAGAUUGAGCGGUUAUUUCCAGAGGGAUCUUUCUAGGAGAGAUAACGAGAGCUUAAACCAGAGAUAUCACUUGGGUUUCGCAUCCCACUACAAAUCUCUGCAACCGCACGAGAAGACGACAUUCCAAUCAACUGAGAUAUUCAUCGGAUUCCUCGAAAAUAGCGAGAUAAACACUUACGAUAGAGACGUCUUCUUAAGAAUUCUAUUGCUCGAUUUGCGGCCUGGUGGAGUAUCAGACAAAUGGGAUAUACAAACUGCACUCUCAGCACUCAAAGUUAUAAAAGUACUGGGAAGAUCGUCAAUAGGUACCACAGCACUUACCACAAUUGACGCUUUCAAUUGCUUGGCUAGUCUUCUCGAGAGAAAGGGUUACAACGAAUCAACUGCAACGACGCCUUCGCUCACGAGCAGAUUACAGUCACAUAGAGCAUCAUACAUCACAUCUAGUGAUACAAUUAGCGUGUCCGAAUGUCACUUAGAAUCUAUGACUAUCGUUGCAAAUACUUUGCUCUUGCACGAGCAAGCUAGAUACAAUGCUGUUCAAUCGAACAUUCCUAGUCUCUGCUAUCAAGCUUUGAAGGCACAACAGAAUACAUCCGAUAUACACUUCGUCGCUGCUAGAUGUUUAUUCCUUUGCACGCUUAAGCCAGAUCCAGUAGUAACAAAGUUGGUACAUGAAGAUAAUCUCGUUGACGUCAUACACGCUCGUCUUAUUCAAUAUACCCCUUACAUAAUUCCUUCAAACAAGUCUAAUGAUAUACCUCCGCGGUCGAAGGAACUGGUCACUGACAUACUCAAACUCUUCUUCAAUCUCACUCUACAUCACAAAUCGAGCAACUCAAGUCCAAUUUUGGGAGAAAAUUGGGAUGAAAAGUUCAGUAAACUCUUACAGCCUCUUCUUAUACUCUUCAUGGAUCUUACUGGGAACUCAAACGUAAAUGCGAUAUCGCCUAUACCUCAACCAAUACCACAAGUUAUUCAUUCUUUACUCUGCUUCCCAUUCAAGCCAUUCACACAGAUAUGGUCAAAUCCUCAUUCUUCUGGAUCUUUUUCACCUUCUGCUGCUAUAAAUCGAUUAUCGAGAUCACUUUCACGCGCUUCGGUAGUGCAGUACGAUACAUCUAAACUCAAUUUCGAGAAUAUGGAUAACUAUCCACUUUUGAAUAGACUCAUAGAGCUCCUCAACAAUGUCAUAUCUGCUUUCUGGCCUAGCAGCUCUUUGGAAGGCGGUGAGAGCGUUGAUAGUGCUCAAGCAAAAACAAAGUCUGCCGGUGUAGGUAUAAAUCUUGAUGAGACACUCUCACCUUUGAUUAUGCUCUUGCGUAAGCUUGUUGCGGAGGAUACAAGGGGUAAUGGUGGCUUUAAAGGGUCAUUAUGGAGGUUACUCGGUUUGCAUGAUAUCGACAGAAGUGUAAAGAUGGAGCAGAGAGGUGAUUCUCUUGGUGUUUUCGUCAGAUUCCUGACUAGCUCUCUCUUUCCUUCAAUAAAAACAACAGUCGGAGAGCUACUUUUCGCUCUCUGCGAUAACGAUCCAACGAAGAUGUCUUCAACAAUCGGUUUUGGAAAUGCCGCAGGAUUUCUCUUCUCGAAGGGAUUACUCAGUGCUGGCGCUGGCGACCCUGCUGAAACCGGUGUUAACCCAGUAACUGGUGCUUACGAAGAAGCUCGCUCUGGUGGACCAGAGGAGAUGACUGAAGAGGAGAAAGAAGCUGAAGCUGAAAAACUAUUCGACGCCUUUGACAGGCUGAACAGAAAUGGUAUUAUCAAGACAUCAAAUCCUAUGCAAGAUCCAAAGAAUCAGGCAAGGUUCCAGGAAAUUGAGGAAGAAGAAGUUGAUGAACUCAAAAAGCAAGACGAACAGGAUGAAGAGGAUGUCGAGCAAAUGAUGAAAGAAUAUAAAUCACGUAAAGACAAAUCUACACCAUAAUGAUUACAUACAUAUAUUUUGUAAUUACUACUAAAGUAUAUUAAUCUUUUUAAUUGAUCAACUUUCU